AUCAGAAGAUGUCAUCGGGAAGAAAAUGGUUACGCUUUUAGGUUAUCGUGCAAACCAUUUUCUCAUCAAGUGACACUUCUGUUAUUUUGUCUUGCAAGCUUUUAGACCAGUUAUCUCAAUAUGACCUAUUUAAAUCAACCGAAUUACGUGCGCUAUGUAUGCAACUGCGGCUCCUUAAAACCUAUAUCGAAAAUAUAUUUUUGUCGACACUGCUUGAAAAUACGAUGCGGCUACUGUGUCUGUCAAGAGGUUGACUCUCAUUACUGUCCCAAUUGUAUGGAAAAUUUGCCUUCAUCAGAAGUACGACUUAAAAAGAACAAAUGUUCCAAUUGCUUUGAUUGUCCUUGCUGCUUUCAAACGUUAUCUACAAGAGCAGGGCUAGCACCUGGACUAAAACCAACAGGAGCAGAGGGCGAAGAAAACAAGGAUGUUAAAGCUACUCCUAAGAAAGUAUAUUAUCUAUUCUGUUCAAUGUGUCGAUGGAGUUCUCGCGAUGCUGGGAUACCUGAUCAAUCCGUAGCAACUGGAGGAUGGCCGGAACAGGAAAAUCCACAUACAAUACGUAUUAAUGCUCUUAUCGAUUAUCAUAAGAUAUUAGCCUCUAUAGAGAAGCAACAAUGCGAAAGGAAAAAGUUUCCCAAACGCUCCUUUAUACCAGCUCGGACAAUGUUCAGUUUUACAUCUGCACUGGUUCGUAAACGUGUAAAAGAAUUCGUAGUCUACGUAAACGGACGUCCCCUAAAGCAGCCAACGCAAUCUCAAUCAACUGCUCAACCAGUACCAUCCGUUGCAAGCGAGGAAGUGGAAGAAUUACCGAGCGACAUAUUUACCGAAUCUGUGGAUAUAACUAAAAUUACCACGUUGGAACAAAGACUACAACACCCAGAAGUGCAAGCCGAGAAGAUUAAUGAGUUGCGUCCCCAACAUAGACAAUUUUUAGUCAAAAGAUCGCAACGUUGCAGAGUAUGUGAGCAUAAUGUCAGUAAAUCAGACCUCUGCCCUCAAUCUACGAAAUUCAAGAUUUUACUAGCUGCAUUUUAUCACAUUCCGGAGGUGAAGAUUGUUACAUGCGAACCACUUCGGCCGGGAAAAACGAGUGAACUGCUUUUAAAAUUCUGCAAUCCGACACAACAUCAGACUCAAAUAGUUAUAUUGCCGUUAGACGCCUCGUUAACUACCUCGAUCGUCGAGGAAAAAGAAGAUGUUAAGGAGGAAGAUACACAACAGGGAUGUGAAUCACCGAACCUAUUGCCCUCUGCUGUACGGCAGGCACCCGUAACAGAAGAUCCUAAGUCAAUAAAGGUUACACCGAAUGCAGAUUUAAUACUACCUAAAAAUCCAUUAAUCCUUCCGCCGAGAGACGAUGCUGCUGAAUACGACGAUACAAGUGAUAAUCAUAAUUUUCAGGAUGAUCCAAAGCUCGUAGUGUGGCGAAAGGGAAAUAAAGCUGUGGUACGUCUGCACGUAACUCCACAUGAAGAUACUAAAGAAAAUAAAGAAAAAUCAGUUAUAAUCGGAUUUGUUAUGCAACAUGGAUAUGUGAAUACUAUUGCAGCGCUUGAGCAUAAAUCACCGCAAAAAGUAGAUGUGAAAGUUAAGUUGUAUCUCACUGUUGGUCAGCUAGUUAAUGAAGAGUAAUUCUUUUUUCGGUUUAGAGUAUGAAUAUAUUACACAUCACUAUAUCAUGUAAUGUCUUUGCAUUAUAAAUAUUUUAUACACUUUUGUCGAUAGCCAUUUAAAUUAUUGCAAUAUUAGGAAAUCGAAAUAUUUUAGCUUGUAUUAUAUGCUUAUUUAUGUUUUGUAUGUAAUGUAAUUAAGAAUCUUUGUAUUCUAAUAAUGCUAAUUUUUUCUUACAGUAAUUUACAAUGUAAAAUUUUAUCUGCUUUUAAAUAUUGUAAUAAAGAAUGUAUGUAAUAUA